AUGGUGGCCCAUAACACGAAUGAGGGUCUUGGUUUCGCACCUUCCAGCAUUAAUAACUCGGACUUCUAUGAUAUUAUCAAGACCGGGUUUCCCACCGCUGAACCUUCCGUCUUGAACCUUCUUGCCGACGAAUUCUACCCGCCACCCUCCAACGAGUCCUCGCUCUACCACGAUCAGAUCAGCCGUGCAGCGUUUCUAGCCACCGAAUCCAACUUUGCCUGCAAGGCCUUCUCUUUCGGCAGGGCCUUCAACGAGUCCUACGGCUAUUGGUUCGAUGUUUUCCCCGCCUUCCAUGGGCUGGACUCUUCGUACGUAUUCUUCAAUCCCUACGAGAAGGGCCCAUCGUCGCCGAAUGAGACGCUUGCAUUCGCCAUCCAGGACUAUAUCACUACAUUUGCUAUAAAUGGCAUUCCGUCAAGCUCGGUAGAUGGCGUGGCCGCAUUCCCCAGAUACGGAGAGCAAGGCAAUGUCAUUAAACUGAGUGCUACGAGUAUAUCCCAUGCUAUUGAUAUGGUGGCAAAUGACAGGUGCAGGUGGUAUGAUCUUGGUCUCUACAUGUAAGCCCGUUGUGAUUUGUGAUUUGUGAUUUUGGCCGCGUGGAUUGACUAGACGGCCUCUUGGUUCAAACAAGGAGA